AUUUAUACUUCUUUAGUCAUUUUCACCAACCCCUACCAUUUUUAUAAUGUUACCAGUGUGUGACAUAAGUCUUAAAUGCACUGUCAUAUUUCACCUUGAGAGCCUUCUUAUACCGUGAACUUAUGUUUACCGGCUGAUAUUUUUAAUAUUUUUAAUGCCAAGGAUAUGCUUUAGAAGUGACAGGAAUUGCUAACAUUGAAUGUUAUUAUCCACGCCGAGUUACACUUAAGAUAAUGCUGGGUCGAGAGCGGACCAGAAGGGGCACACCUUCAGUGGGGUGCCAACCAAAAUCAACCAGUGGACGCUUGCUGUCUCGGCAUUGGCAAAACCACACACUUCAGGCGGUCCGUUUUUGUACCAAUAGUGGGCAAAACUAAUUCGAUGUGUUACUAUAGCUCUAGUUGUUGCUAUGACUCUGCAUAAAUUGUGACAUUUUAGAUACAGUCGUGUUUGAAUUACUAGACCGAAGCUCAAGAAGAUUUAAAAAGAAAAAAAUAAGUGGCUAUGGCGAGGGGGGCGUGGAUGAGGUUUUUUUUGUUUUUUUUGCGUGACUUCUGAGCUAGCGAAAUGUAAGUCACAUGUUGCCGAGCAGAACUGGAAGUCGCUGCUGUGGGCGCAACAGUGUGAUAGCAACCGAGACGAACAUGGCGACAGGCGAGAGCACGGACACAUUAGAAACUUGGCUGAAUAAAGUAACUGAUCCAAGUAAUUCGACAGAACGGUGGGACUGCAUUCAAGGCUUCUACGAGCAGGUCAACAGAGAGCCAGAGGGGCCUCAGACUGCCACCCGGCUUCUGGCACAUAAGAUCCAGUCCCCACAGGAAAAAGAGGCACUGCAAGCCCUCACUCUUUUGGAGGCCUGCAUGAACUACUGUGGGAAGACAUUCCAUAGCGAGGCAGCAAAGUUUCGAUUCCUGAAUGAGCUCAUCAAAGUGCUCUCACCAAAGUAUCUGGGCUCGUACAGCCCGGCGGCUGUGAAGCAAAGGGUGAUCGAGGUGCUCUACAGCUGGACCCAGUGGCUGAAGGAGGAACCAAAGAUCAAGGAGGCCUACCGCAUGCUCAAGAAACAAGGUGUGAUCAAGAAAGAUCCCAAGCUACCAGCUACGUUAGUGAUGCCCCCACCAACACAAAGACCAGAGAGUUCUCUGUUUGAUGAUGAAGACAAAUCUAAGCUGUUGGCACGGUUACUGAAGAGUACCAGACCAGAGGAUCUGCAAACUGCCAAUCGGCUGAUCAAGAACACCAUUAAAGAGGAGCACGACAAGAUGGAGCGUGUGAGCAGGCGUAUCGGCACGCUGGAGGAGGUGGAGCAGAGCACCACCCAGCUCAGAGACCUGCUGGAGCAGCGGAGGAGCAGCAGGGGCCACACCCAGCUCACACCUGACAUGAAGAGUCUCUAUGAGCGAUGUGACAAGUUGAGGCCCAAUCUCUUCCGUCUGGCCAGUGACACUGUGGACGACGAUGAGGCCUUAGCUGUAAUUCUGCAAGCGAACGACAAGCUGACUUCAGUGGUAAACCUCUACAGAGAGGUCGCAGAACAACAGGAAGUCAGCUGCAACGGCGGAACCAGGGGUUCUGCCAACACAGUUUCAGAGCCUGCCAGCCCAAUCAGAAGUUACCAUCUUAUUGAUUUCUCUGCUCUCGGCGCCUCCCAGUCAAAUUCAUCACCGCCUACCGAUGCCUCUCCUAAUCACGGGGCUUCAGAAGACUACAAUUCCCUUCUGCUUCUUGACGAUGACCUGGUGUCUCUCGGGGUUGCGAGCCCCGCGCCGUCCAGUCACAGUCCUUCCAGGUCCUACUUUGAGGAGCUCAUUGAGCUGGAGGAUAUUGUCAGGACCAAAGAGCGAACAGCUGAGGACACUGGAAUGCAGCAAUGGGCUAAUGGAGCGAGAUCCAUGCUCAUUGCAAGGGGUUGUGGAGUGGACUCCAUAUCCCAGAAUGGGUCUUCAGCACCCUCAGUGGAAGCUGUCCAAUCACGAUCUGCACUGAGUAACCUUCAGAAUCAACCCACUGUGAUGUCACAGUCUCCCUCAAAGUCUGUCCCUCCUGCGCUGGAAAAAUCGCUGGGGGACAUCUUUGUGUCCCUAGAAUCUGUGAAACCAAGCCAGCUGGAGCCAAUCACGGUGUACGACCGCUGGGGGGUCCACGUCUGCCUGCACUUCUGUCGUGACAGCCCCCCCGCGCGCCCCGACGUCGCAGUGGUUAUCGUCUCGUCAGUGAACACGUCAGCCCUGUCGGUUUCAGACGUUGAGUUCCAGGUCGCCGUCCCAAAGACUAUGACGGUGAAGUUACAGCCGUCCACAGGAAAGGAUCUUCCCCCAUAUAACCCUCUCCAGCCUCCAGCAUCCAUCUCACAGAUCCUCCUGCUGUCCAACCCUCAGAGGACUCCGGUGCGCCUUAGGUACAAACUGAUCCUCAAGCAUGGCGACGAGAAGAUCAGCGAGCAGGGAGAGAUAGACCACUUUCCGGAGUGGCACUCCUGGACCAGGUGCUGAGCCUGCCUCCCUGUGGCCUGCGCUGGGGAGAAGGACUGCAGGGGAUGCCUGGAGUGUGUGUGUGUGUGUGUGUGUGUGUGUGUGUGUGUGUUUGUGUUUGUGUGUGUGGUGACCGAGUGAGACUGCAGGGGAUGCCUGGAAGAACAGACGUGGUGUGACUCCGAAACAGAAUGAACACUGCAGGCAGAUUCUGUGUGUGUGUGUGUGUGUGUGUGUGUAGGGGUAUUAAUUUAUAUUAUUUGAAAAUGAUAUUGUCCUAAGCCAUUGAGAUUUAUACCAAACAUGUGUUUGUGUGUCUGAGUGUAAUAAGGGCAAUUUGUUGUUGCCCCGUUUUGCUGUUUGCUGGCAGCUGGUUGUUAUCUUAAGCCAGAGCGAUCGAAUGCCAAAGAACAUGUGUUAGAUUAUUCCUCAGGCGUGUUGCUGUGCGUUAUUGACAACCUCACUGUGCCAAGCUAUUUUUUUUACAUAGUAGCUGCCUUUUCCCAGAGAGCAACUGAGGUACUUGGCAUUCACUUUGGAAGCCGAUGCUUUUAUCCAAGUGUGUUUCUGUUUUGUUUUGUUUUUUAUUUUUCACUUUUUACACAUUUCUGCACUCUAUUUAUUUGGCCGAGAUUUGAUUUGAAUUUGAUGUGUAACUGCUGUCACUAAAGUUGUUGCUGUUGCUUUUGUUUUGUUUGGAUACAGACAAUGACAAUGUAACUCUGAAGGCGUGAUAAAUUAACUGUGUUUCCAGUAUUACUGCACACUUCACACACAACGGAUUCUGACAAUGCAGGGCUGCACAAUCGGCAAACAAAUGUAUUUACAAAACACCUCGAACACAGAGUCAAUAUCCACAGAAGACACUGAAACAAUUCGCCCCUUCAGAAGUAAAUCAUGAUUGUAGGUCUGAAAGCAUUGCCAUUUUUCACUCAGCAUCAAAACACACUGCACCUUUUAAUGGAUAAAUGUGUAUAAUGUACUUAUACACAGAUUCCAUUCCUACUUGAUUGACUUCCACUGAGAAUGCUUGCCCAGUUGUGCGAUACCACUGUGAAAUUCGUCAGUUUCCGUGAAAUUGCACGCCCCCUACUGGUCAUCUGAUGGAGGUGUCACAGCCAACAUGCUGUCAGAUAGCUACAAAUCUGUUGGUUGGGGUGUGGUUUUAUCCAUCCAUUAUUACAGUAAUUGACUUACUGUAAAGAGGAGAUACUUAAUGAUGCAAAACUAGUGCCUGCUGUGUUCAAUCAUGAUCGGUACCAUUUUUUAUUUGUCAGGUUUGUGAAACGAGCUAUUAAUAAGACUUUUUUUUAAAUGUUUGUGGUAAAUAAAUGUGUUUCUUCUGAA